AUGUCGAGCGAGCGUUCUGAUAGCGAGCCUGAGUAUGACGAAAAUGUUGUGAAAGCACUAGUGCGGAAGCAGGAUGUGAAGAUUCUACCUCUAUCUGCAUUUAUUUACUUGCUUUGCUAUUUGGAUCGGUCCAAUAUUGGUAAUGCGAAGGUUCUCAAUGAAAGUGAGGGCAAUGAUCUUCUCACGGAGACAAAGAUGUCCAAUUACCAAUACAUCAUCUCCCCAAUGGUAUUCCUCAUUGCAUAUGCCAUCUUCGAAGUCCCCUCAAAUUAUCUACUCAAGAAGCUAAAGCCAAGUGUAACAGGCAUCCGCUUCCUCUUGGGAGUAAUCGAAGCAGGCCUAUUCCCAGGACUGGUAUACUACCUCACAUUCUGGUAUCGAGUCUCAGAACGGUCUCUCCGUGUUGCACUCAUUCUAGCAUCUGCUACACUGGCGGGUGCUUUUGGAGGAGCCAUUGCCUACGGUGUUGGAUUUAUGAACGGUGCACUCGGAUUAUCAGCCUGGCGAUGGCUAUUUAUUAUUGAGGGUGUCCCAUCGUGUGCUUCUGCCAUUCUUGUCUGGUUUGUUUUACCAGAUUACCCCGAGACGGCGGAAUGGUUGAGAGAUGAGGAGCGGGAAUUGGCGAUAGAGAGACUGAAGCACGAAGGGUCCAAGGGAAAUGCGGCUGCAGUGACGUGGGCUGGUAUCAAGAGUGUUCUGACAGAUUGGCGGCUUUGUGGACAUUACGCUAUUUAUUUCGGCAUUUCGACACCCUUCUCCAGUCUAUCGCUCUUUACACCAUCCAUCACAGCUGGUCUGGCAUAUCAAAAUCUCCAAGCUCAACUAAUGACCGUUCCACCUUAUGCAGCUGCAUAUGUGGUAACACUUGCAGUGUCAUGGUCAGCGGAUCAUUUCAACGCUCGAGGUCUACACUCCGCCGCAUUCUCAUUUAUCGGCGCUAUGGGUUUCUUGGCAUCAGCUGUUCUCCCAGUAGAUGCGUACUUGCAUCGGUACGGUUGCCUGAUCGUAGCAUCCAGUGGAGCGUUUUCUUGCAUAUCGCCUCUUCUUGGUUGGCUGUCGUCUAAUAUUGAUUCGACUGGUGCUGCUGGACUGGCUAUUGCGUUGAAUAUCUCGUUCGGUGCUCCUGGGCAGAUUGUCGGGGUUUGGAUUUAUAAGGCGAAUGAGAAGGCACGCGGAUACCCUACUGGCCAUUGGACUAAUGCUGCUUUGCUAUUGUUUGUUUGUGUUGAGUGUGUUUUUUGCUAA